AUGCACUCUCGAACCACAACUGUCAUGAUACGAUGUGCAUUGAAAGAUGGAUUGUAUUCGCAUGGAUUCAAGUCAAGUUUUACUCCAUUCUAUAACCAUCAAUCUUAUACUACGUCGAAAGGCAGUCACAAGCCAGGUCCACUUCCACUUGGUAACAAGGAACAACAGGCAGAGUAUGAAGCUCUUGUGCGUGAAGCAGAAACAAGAUCUCGACUAAAUACAGAUGAGAAACAUCCUGAUGCAGAAAGACAUCCAUUGCCUAGGUUUCCAAACAACUGUAAUCCAGUAACAGGAGAAGUAGGAGGUCCAAAAGGUGUAGAACCUACUCGAUAUGGUGACUGGGAGAGAAAAGGCCGAGUGUUUGAUUUUUGAUAUGCGAAUAGGUUGACAAUUACUGUUGAAUUACUGUUGAGUUACAUUGAAUAAACAGUAUAAAGAUUUAUUAUAUUGAAUGAAUUCUGAUUAAACUAAUAUU